ACAGCUGUCUGAUUGUCAGCUAUAUGAAUUUUCUUGCCCUUAAGUCUUCUUAAAGUUGUGUGAAUCGAUUUUUAUACAAUCCGUGCAGAGUUAUAAGCUCUUUGUGAUUUUUUUAGCGCUUUCCAAUUUCCAUGACGCGAAGCGAUGACAACGUUAUCACCUACACAAUGCAUACCGGUGUCCCACACUAAUUCGAAUACAAUUAUUGUCAACAAUGGGUAAACAAAUCAACCCAGCACAACAUCUAAAUCAUACACAUCCGGCGAGUUUAUUAUAAUUAAAAAAAAAUACUCGGAUUUAAAUCUUUUCAUGAAACUCGGACAUCAUCCAAUUAUAUCCGUUGCAUUUCAUUUGAACAAUCUUCUCUAAUUCAUGUGAUUAUUUCGGCGAAUGGUUAGUUCUGGUAGUCCCGUCUAUAUAAAAGAUGAGCGGCGAGAAAAACAACCAUAAUCUAGUUACCACUUUGAUUCGAUAGACGCAAAAAUGUUUUUUCACGUUUUGAAACUGCUGGCAGUUGCCGCACUUUGUGUUUCUUCGGUGAGAAGUGAGGAAGACAAAAAAAUGUGCCCCUUUCUCGCGGCGUGUUUGAAAGAAACGGACGGUAAGGUGAAGAUUGAAGAUAUGAAAGUUUUGAUGACGGCAAAAAUCGAUGACGUAGAUGGAAUAUCUGAAGAUGUUUUGUGCGUAUCGAAAUGCGCACUAGAGAAGAAGCAAUUAUUGGUGGAUGAUAAGUUCGACGUGGACAAACUCUUAGUGGAUAAAAUGAUGGUGGACAAGGUCGAGAAAAAAGAGGAUUUCGUAGAGUGCGUGAAGAAGAUCGAGGCUGUCAAGGAAUGUGGGGAUCUCAAGGAGUUCAUGAAGUGUAAAAUAAGAUUCACGAAAGAUUAGAUUGUUGAGGAAUGAAGAGUAAAGAUUUUUCGAUCAAA